AUGCCCAGAAAACAAAAAAUCAUUGUCGUGAUUAUUUUAAGUAUGGGCGCCGUAUCAACAAUAAUUGGGAUUGCCCGUCUGGUAAUACUCAGCUCAUUUUGGGUUGGUGGCAAUUAUUUCUCCUCAACAUUCAUCUUCGGUGUCAUAGAAAUCAACGUCGGAUUCUGGGCGGUAUCCGCGCCGGCUUUGAAAACACUUGUUUCUCGAUUUUUCCCCCGGUUUUGGGUUUUAGCUUCCCUCGUCAAAGAGCCUGCACCAGAAAGUCCUGCCGCCGAUACCCUUCCAGCUGCCCUCCCCGCUGGCGAUGGCAGAUUACGCCAAUAUGCUCCGUUUGAAGCACGUGGACGUGACCAGGCACUCCAUAGAGGUCCGACGAGCAGCGAGGAAGAAUUAAGAAGGUUUGAGCAUGAUAUAGAUGUUACGAGGUUGGGGAGGUCGCGAUGGAGUGUUGAAACCGGGCUGCAUUCUCCAUCGUCAAACCAAGCCCAUGAAAUGGAGUCGUUGACGCCUCACGAUUAUAAGAGUGAUGUUACUCUUCCACCGGAGUCAUCCACUCGGGAUACGGGGGCGGAUAUGUAG